AUGAGUCUCGAAGAGAAAAAAGCUUGCGGCCGCCCUUCUGAAGUUGACGACCACUUGCUGAAGGCAACCACCGAAGAUGACCCGCUUAAAAUUACACGAGAGAUUGCCCAAGAAUUAGGCUUGGACCACUCAAAAGUUGUCCGCCAUUUGGAAAAAAUUGGAAAGGUGAAAAAGUCGAAGAAAUUUAGAAAGAAGUCCAUUGUCACGACUGUGAGAAAACUGCAUCCUUCGAUGGCGUUCGCACCUGCUGUCCAAUGGACCACCUCCUCUUCUAUCACUGAAUUGGGACCAACAUUUGUUUCUGCUGCAAAUGAAGUCACUACGAAAUUCUCUAUAACAAAAAAGAGCGUAAGAAGGAGUCGUCCAGCUGCAGUGUUUGCUACCGCAGUGGGGGCAUUGAUUGUGGAAAAUAGCGCUAAGCCUACUGCCGUAAUUCCUCCUUCACAACUCUUUUCGAAACAGGAGAAACGUAUAAUGACUAAACAGUUUUUGACUCAUCAAAUCCACAAUGGGUGGCCGUAUGACGAUCGAUUUUACAGACCAGAUGUGGACACAUUUUCCUUACAACAGAGGCAACGCAUGGCUCAGAUCUAUUUUGCAGAUAAUUAA